AUGCAACAAGGCAAAGCCUACAUAGCCGAAUGUGAAUGUGGACGUCUCCUCAAACCCGGAUGGCAAUGUAAUCAAUGCCGAAAAAGCUGUCCUUAUUGUCGUAGAGCAUUGACUGUGGAUCCCAACGACUAUUGCGAUCGCUGCUUUGCCAGAUGCAACAUCCAUGGUAUAUUUCCAAUCACCCAACAACAGCAACAACAGCAACAUCAUUUCCACUAUUACUACUACAACAACAACAAAUCCUCGUUUCCACCCACACCACCACUGGUACCACGCCGCAUCAUUCACCAAUGUCCCUCAUGUAAACAUUCUUUGUAG